AUGUCAAUAAACCAAUCAAUAUCAUCACCAAAAAAAGCGCCAAUACAGGAUAGGAUAGGAAAACCUGGUGGGGGUGUGGGCGAGCAUACACCUCAGAAACAAAUCAAUGGAUAUUACAUGUACGAUUUUUCUCAAGCUCAAAAUGGAUCAAAAUCUUUAAUUUUACCAAUGGAUUCAUCGCCAUCAUCAUCGAAAUUAGAUACAAGUUAUAGGCAAAUAUUUCCAUCAGUUAACGCAUCUCCAUCAAGUACAGGUCAUGUCAAUACAACUUAUACAACAAAGAACUUUUCAGCCAGUAAUAAUUCAUAUUCUCAACAUAAUAGUUUAAGAUCAGAAGAAAAUGCAAAGAUAAAUACAAAUUAUACAUUUCCACAACAACAACAUCCUAAUAAUACAAUAAUAACACAAGGAACGCCAAGUUAUCUACAAGCACAAAAAAUUUCUUCGGUUAAUGCUACAUCUUAUUCACAGACACUGCCUAGAGAAGAACGUACAGCAUUGGAUCAACUUGCAGAGGAAGAUGUUGAUGAUAUUUGGGAUGAUAGCGCUUUGGUAGCUGCUUGGGAAUCUGCUGUCGAUGAAUAUCAGUCAGACUCCUCUAUAAUCAUAUGGUCGGUACCAGAGAUUUUUGGUGAUUAUAGCUAA